AUGAAUAAUAGCUUUUCAGCGGAAGGGCAAACCUAUCAAGUUAGGACAGUCACAACCAGUUAGAAUGUUUAAAGGACCAGCAAUGGGGAAUUCCAGGAUGCUGUUUAAAGAUAUGAAUUAAGAAGAUCAUCAAGACCCAGAUAAACUUCAAAUAAUCAAUAAACUACAGUAAUUACAUCUAAAUACGUUUAAAUGGAAAACGAGGGAAGAAAUAGUAAUUAUGACUUAGAAGCUUCAAGAUAAUCUCAAAGAGUAGUGGAGAAAUAUUAAGGGAAUAGUUAGAACAGUCAUUAUGAAGUCAAUAGGCAGAGUGUGAAGGAAGUUAUGGACAAAUACAGGAGAGGCAGAGGAACAACAACAUCCCAAUUAUAAACUACAGAAGUGAAAUAUUCAGCUGUUCCAUAACCAUAAUAUGAGUAAUUGUAAUAGAAGGAAACAAUUUUUGAAGGAAGAAACAGUAGAUACGUUGAGGAGUAGGACUAUUCACAAGAGAAAUAGGUGACAAUUAACUAUAAUACUAUUUAAACCAAAUAAUAGGUGUAUGAGGUAGAUUAUGAAUAAAUCAAAGAAGAUUGUCAAAUCAGUGAUAUUUACAGGAGACCUGAAAGAGAAGAAGAUGAAUAAGUAGAUUUAUUAGACAGUGAUUAUGUUUCUUGCAAUAUAUUUUGAAAUAUUAUUAUUAAUAAUGAAUAAUUAAAACAAUUAAAAUA